AUGAAUUCAAUACAAAUCUCUAGUAUGUCAGUUUCUUUUUGUGGUUAUAUGUCCUAAUAUUAGAUCUGUAGUAGCGAAAAUGCCAUUUCUUCCACUCUGUAUUGUAUCAAAUAUUGUGUCAAUACAAAUCACAUAGUUAUAUAUAUAUAUGUGUGUACAUAUAUACAUAUAUACAUAUAUACGGACUUAUGAUAAUUUAUCUUGACGUUAAUUGCUUUCUACUGAAAGCAUACUGAAAAAAUUUUGUACCGUAUGUACAUUUUUUUCAUGCGGUACAUAUUGAUAAUAAUUUUUGUAUCCACGUCAAUCUACAUCAUUUAUUAGCAUAAGAGAUUUAAAUUUCAGAGCUAAAACUAUGGAACAACACUCUAGAAUAUUUUCAAAUAAUAUAUCUUCUACUAUAGAAGAAAUUAGACCUUUUGUAGAACGUGUAUGUAUUAUAAAUUUUCAAUAUGUAUUUUACAGAUUUUUAGAUAAACUUAAUAAUGGUUUUAUUAUUUGUAUUUGCAGCAACCAGGCAUUUCAUUAAACACAUUGCUAAAUAUUCAAAGAGUCCAAACUCCUAUAGAGACUGUACCUCCUUCAUCUGAUAAUUAUAUUAUUGAUGUUGAAAAUCAGCCAACAAAUGAUACAAAUUUACGUGAUGUUUUAGUUCAUGACAAUCCUCAUUAUCAUCAAAUGACUACAGCAGAUAAUUUUUUAAAUAACAUUCGUGAAGCUGCAAAUGAGGUUGUGGGUGAAAGCCAAAAUAAUAAUAGUAACAAUGUUAUUAACCAUAAUAACAACAAUAACCAUGAUAUAGAAGAAAAUUCAGCACAAGCUGUACAAAUUAGUCCACGGACACGUGCAUUCUUUAAAGGACUUAAAAGAUAUAUUCCUUUUGUUUGUAUUCUUCUUGCCAAAGGCCUGUAUGAUCACAGGACCAAUAUAUUAAACUUUAUAGUAUUAAUUGUUACAUUUAAUUAUAGUAAUAAUGUUGUAAAACGUGAAAUUGCAAAACAAAACAAUAAAAAUUGGCUAUCACUCUUAGUUAUUAUGUGUUAUAUUAUUGGAUGUAUAGUUUUUAUUCAUUUUGAAUAUAAUAUACAUAUAUUUUCUCCAUAUUCACAACCUCUUACCAUUUGGGAGCUAUUGUGGUCAGUUUUAAUAACAGAUUUUGUUUUGAAAUUGAUUACUAUUAUUUUUAAAGUUUUUUUAACAUGUUUACCUUCAAAGCUUUUACCACUUCGAAAGAGGGGAAAAUGUUUCGUUAUGGUGGAAGCAACAUCUCAACUUUAUCGAUGUAUUGUGCCUAUUCAACCAUGGUUUUAUUAUUUCCUUGAAUGUUAUCAAGGUCCAGAAAAAAUCUUUGGAGUAUUACUUUCCUUAUUGUAUACAGUAAGCAAAGGAACUGAUUUAUUUUCUCGUAUGAAAUUAUUUAAAACUGCUGUUUGGAAACUGUUUCAAAAUGUGAAUUUAGGAAUAUCACCAACGAAAGAACAAUUAGUAGCAUCAGGUGGAAUUUGCGCAAUUUGUCACGAUCAAUAUUCAAUGCCAGUAAGAUUGCAAUGUAAGCAUAUUUUUUGCGAAACAUGUGUUUUAACAUGGUUGAAUCGAGAAUAUUCGUGCCCAUUAUGUCGAGCAAUAAUUGCCGAUGACCUUCUUUAUAGAGAUGGUCAUACAAGUCUUCUUGUUCAGUUAUAUUAACUUUUAUAUAUAAUAUAUAACAUUGUAUUUUUUCACUCUUAUUAUAUUUAAUUCACUCUAAUUAUAUUCAUAAAAAUAUCUAUUUGAUUUACAUAAAUGAAACUUUUUUAAAUGUUCUAUAACAAUGUUAUCUUCAUAUGAAUCACUUAUCAGUUACCCUGAUAUUUGUAAUAAAAUUUUUAUAUGCCGAUAUACUGAUAAGUCAGAAAAAGACUAUAAAAUUUAAGAAAUGUGUGAUAUAGUUUGUACAUAUGGAAUACAAUAGAAUUAUUCGUAUAAAGAAAUAAAAUUUAUAUUUUGAAAGUAAUUUGUUAGUUGUUACUUAAUUGUUUAUUUAUGAAAAUAAUGUAAUUGGUUUAUAGAAAUAAUGAAUAAUUACAAAGUUUCUUUAUAUGUAUUAUUACAUUAUGUUUAGUGUUUUUAUAAUGUAUUCAAAGGUGUAAUUUGUUUUAUUAUCAUACAUGACAAUGAACAUAAAUAAUCAUAGUAUGAAAAAAAUAUAACUAUAUAAAAUUGGCUUAGAAUCUAAAUUAUGUUCGUUGUUGAUUAUAUUUCAACAUUUGGUCAUAAACAUUCUAGAUCAAAUCGUUUGUCCAUGUAAUAUAAUUAAAAUCACACUAUAGAGAAGUUUCAUUGAUGUACAACAUUUAAGUAUUAUCUCUGAGAUGUUAUAAAACAUGUACAGGACUUUAACACUGACAAUAAAGUAAUUAUUAUAUAAGGAUAUUUUUUUUAGCAUAUAUAGAAAAAUAGUUCAUAAAACAUUGGCUUUCAUGCGUGCUUGGAAGUAUUCUCCAUCCCCUUUAGUUGCUUGCUUAUUUAUCUCUUUAUAACGUUCUCUACUUACUAGUUCUUCUAAAACUUCUCCAUCACCUUCAAAAAAUACCUGUAUCUUCCAGUUUCUUCAUCAUAAACUCUACGUAUUACACUUUGCUUUUUUUCCCAUUCUUCUUUUGUCAUGGGUGCCAUUGCCUUUGACUUUUCAGAUAUUUCUUGUGAAACAUCUUUAGAAACACUUUCUUUAGAUUUAUCAGUGUUUCGUGAUUUCUUUUUUGACUUUUUCAAUUUCUUCUUCAAUUUUUUCUUCAUUCUUUUCUUCUUUCUACGCUUUUUCAUAGCCUUUUUCAACUUUUUAGCUUUCCUUCUUGCUUUCUUACGUUUUUUCUCAUCUUCAGAAGUAUCUGAACUGCUGCUGCUACAACUACUGGUGCUACUACUAGUACUAGAGCUACUGCUAGUACUAUUGCUACUACUACUAACACUUGAGGAACUUGAAGAUGACAAAGACCUUUUCCUCUUUGACCUUUUGCGGACAUGAUCCUUUUCGUAUAUGUCAUCAUCUCUUUUCUUUUCUUUUCCUUUUGCAUAAGGAUCAUCUGUAUCUUUUCUUUUUGUCUCUGCUUUAUCAGUAUUAGUUUGUUUUACAUAUCUUUCUUUGGAAUCACUUUCUCUAGAGUGUUCACUAGAAUCUUUUAAGUUUUUUUGCUGAUCCUGGUCUAAAGUGCUUCUACUUCUAGAUCUAUCGUAAAGUGGUCUUCUAUUGUUAUGAUUUAAGAAUCUAUUACCUCUCCUUUCAUUAUUAUAUCUAUUAUAUUGCAAAUUAUUAUGCCUAUUUCUAUCAUAAAAUCCAGAAUGUUUAUAAGGUCGAUACCCAAAACUACGUUUACGAUUAUCCAAAUAUCCACCCCGUCCUUUAUAAUAUCCUCUACCUUCCCUUGGAUUCAGUCGAUAUGGUCUAACACCAUUCUCAUAUCUCUUAUCCCAUUUGUCGUUUCUUCUAUCCCUAUCAUUCUGAUGUUUACCAGCAUCACGACUGGAAAUACUAGAGGAGCCAGAACUACUAGAGCUACUCCUAUGCUUUGAUUUUUUCCUUUUAUCCUUGCUACAUGUGUUACGUCUUUUUUUCUUAGAAUCAGAAUCAUCACUUUGGGAUGACACUGAUUUCUUUCUUUCCUUUUCGUCUUUCGAUUUAACGCAUUGUUCUGAUCGUAAAUCACUUUUUUCUCUAUUACUCAUCGUAAUGUAUUAUUAAUUUUCUAAAUCAAUGGAAUUUGCGUUAAAUUUAAAUAUUAUGUCUUUCAACAUUUAUUUGUCGUUUAAUAGUAUCAACGAUUAACCUCCUACAUAAUAGUAAAGUUCUUUUUACUAUAAAAUAUUCUCGUACGAAGUGACAGAUAAGAGCCACAUAUAAACGAAUACGUUAAUAACAAAAUGCCAUAAAAUAAUUUUUAAAUGCAUAUACACUAUCAAAAUUCUGAUACAUCCCGCUACCACGUAACUAACCUCGGUCUAACAAAUUACAAAAGUCUACUUCAUCGAUUUCCAUUUCAAAAAUUUGUUGAAACUUAAGGCAAUUUUUCAUGAUAUACUAAUAUGAGGUAUGUAGGGUUUUUUGUUUCUACAUUUUCAACUAUUGGCAAUGGUUGAUCAGAAAACGUGUUUCG